GAAUGCCUCCUGGAUCCCGGGCACGGGACAGCCGAGAUUAGCUCCCGCCCCCGUCCCUCCCCCUCUGGCUCCCUCCCUCUCUCCGAUUCCCUGCCUGUUCAGCUCCGGAUGCGCCUUGGCCAGCGCUCGGCAGGCACGUCUAAGCCGGGUUCUGCCCUCCUGCAGCUCCCCCUCUUCCUCCUCCAGCCGAUCGAGGCUUAGAUCGCUGCACCGUCUCAACAAGAUGGCGGGGUCGGUGGCAGAGAGGGACGCGGUGAAAAUAGAGGACAGACUUUUAAACAACUCUUUGGGAUCCCCAGUUCAAGCCGAAGUGUAUUUUCCACGACUGAUUGUCCCUUUCUGUGGGCACAUCAAAGGAGGAAUGAGGCCAGGCAAGAAAGUCGUGGUAAUGGGCAUCGUGGAUCUCAACCCAGAGAGUUUUGAUAUCAGUCUUACGUGUGGAGAUUCAGAAGAUCCUCCUGCGGAUAUAGCAAUCGAACUGAAAGCCAUAUUUUCAGAGAAACAGUUCCUCAGGAAUUCCUGCAUAUCUGGAGAAUGGGGAGAAGAACAGUCAUCUCUUCCAUAUUUCCCAUUUAUCCCUGACCAACCCUUCAGGGUUGAAAUAUUGUGCGAGCACCCUCGUUUUAGAAUAUUUGUGGAUGGACACCAGCUUUUUGAUUUUUACCAUCGCAUUGAGAAGUUAUCAGCUAUUGAUACAAUAAAGAUAAAUGGAGAUCUCCAGAUUACUAAACUUGGUUGACCUAGGUUUUUCAAAUUAUUAAAAAGAAAAAAACAAAGAUAACCAAAAUUUUAGAUUCCAAAUUGGCUCUGGUGCUAUUAGCCUCUGUCUGAAGAAGGAGUGAGAAUUUCGUUUGGGACACCUACUUAUCAGACAGGGAUCAUCAUUUUCUUCUCCGCAGCAAAGGACAUGUUGAUGAAUUGAACUAUUGUUUAUUUGAAUGAAGAAAGCACUUAAUGAUAAAUAGAUACUGAGCCGUCCUUCUUUUUUGGAACUAAAAAGCCUACCCCUGCUGGAUAAUCACAUUAUAAUGGAUCUUGAAAGAGUUACUUCAUUGUCUAAACUGUAUAAGCUAUUCAUCUUCCCAAUAAGAGGGCAGGUUUUGAAACCAACUGCUAAAUCUAUUACAGCAAGGACUUUUUAUUUUUUGCAAAUAAUCAUCAUCAUCAUAAUAAAAAAAUUCUCCUGCACUUAAGUGGAUUAAUGUAAGUGUAACACCAAUCACAAAAUCAGGCUAGGUAUGGAAGCCAUUAUUCAGUGCCUACAUUAUUCAAACCAACAGCAAAGGUCCCAUAGAUGUUAAUGGUGCAGGGUUGGUUAGUUGGACACUGUGGCAGUGGUCUAGCACAUGCUCAGCCCCUUCAUCCCGCCUAAUCAAGGGAAUGCAAGAAUAUAUAAUUACAGACAGGAUUGUGGCCAGCUGAAUUGCCAAGGAAAAGGCAGAAACUGAGCAAUGGCUUCUGGAUUUAGCCUGCAUAUUUUAGUCAGGGUAUGUGUAUAGAAUGUAGGUCAUUACAUGUUUUGCACAAUGUAAUAUUAAUACAAUCUUUAAGAACUUUCCUCUAGUUUAUUUAUUGCUACUCAUUGUGUUAAUGUAUUCACAGAAAAAGUGAACAAUAUUAUUGAAGCUUAAGAGCAGCAAAGUAUAAGCGUUCUGGAUAUACAAUGUUAUAGUUACAUACCAUUUUGGAAAUACCUGCUGUUUAUCUUAAGAUGGUUGGGGAUAUUCUUGUGGUGCCCUCACAACAUCACAAAAGCUUGUCUGUCAUGUCUUCACCAGAAAUUGCUUUCAGUAUGUUGUAAUUUUGCUGUAAAUGGUAGCUCGGAAUUCACCAUUGCUUAGGAGCCCCCCCACUCCCUCAGUUAAUCCCUCAGUUAAUAAGGCUUACUAAUUUGAUUGGGAUAUGCGUAGACUGCAGUUCCAUUAUACUCAUUACCCAGGAGUAAGCCCCCUUCUGGGCAAUGAAAUUGAUUUCUGAGUAAACAUUGUAAAAUAGCACUGUUGGAGCUUGAGAAUACCAUGCGUGUUUGCAAACCAGUGCCCUUGGUGGCUGCUGUCCUAAUUGGGGGAGGGGAUAAAAUUCUCAGCUCAUCGAAGGACAAAAAUUUAGCCCUUAUAAAUGGCCUAAUUUACAAUUUAAUCUAAUUUUCCUAAUGUAGGAAUAUUGGAUGUUUACAAAUAGUAGUUUUUAGUGAUGGGCAUAACUGCAUUAUCACUGUAAUUAUACUGCAGAAUGAAUGAGUAAAUGCAGUGAUUUUUUUCCCCUUGGUUCUUUAGGAAUCAGUGCAAUUUAUAUACCUUGGACCAUAUUCACAGUGAACGGCAAAGGAUUUAUUUGAGUGUUACAGUGUGAAGAAAAAUGUCUAUUUGCAUUAUUUUUAGAACUUGUAUAAUAGGGACUUUUAAAAGACAUUUAUUAUGGAGACUUUUGUAGUAUAACUUUUUUUAAAGGCAAAAAAGGAACAAAAUAAUUUAUGCUUGAAUCAUAAAGGAGGUCUGUUUCAAUCAAUCAAAGCAGGAACCUUCUUGUUUAAGACUAGAUACAGUAGCUUUAUUGUGCACUCCCCAAACAUCAGCUCACCUUAUCUGAUCUUUGAGUUCACGUCUCAUUUAAUGAAGUGGAGGUAUGAAUUUGUCUCUUAGACAGGAAAUCUGUAAAAUAGACAUGGCUGCCAUUCUGUGGCCCCAGAAAGAGUCAUUGGUUGUGCACAAACCCUCUGUGUUGGCUUACGCUGAUGUACUACGUUGCAGAAGUGAUUGACCUACACAGUUUGAAGUUUAAAAAAUAAUGGAAUCACAUCACACCCAGUCUGUUUGGGUGGUCUUCUAAAUGCAGGAGCAUUACCUUGUGGCAUUCUGCAGCAUAAAAUAGCUGUAGCUGAUGAAAAAUUGCUUGAGAUAGUAGGGAAUAGUUGCUUCCUUGUCUUUAAGAGAUAGAAAAGGGAUCCAAAAGAUUUAUUCAGGAUUCACUAUAGUCGAAAGGAGCACCACAAAGUAACUAAAGCCACAGUUUGUCACCCAUUUACUAGGGAGUUAAUUUCACUUAAUAUCAGUGGGACUUAACUUCUCUGUUAAAAAGUGCUAUGAGAUUGUAGCCCUAAAUUCUCUGAAGGCUGUAGGACUUAUUUCUGCACAAACAUACUUAGCAGUCAUGCCAUAAGACUAUCUUACUCACAUUUACUUAAGACAGCCCCAUUAUACUUGAUGAUACUAAUUUCCAAAUAAUCUUGAAUAGAAACAGAAUAUGAUAUGUUUCAGUCUUAAGUAUGCCUGAGGGUAGAUCUGACUGUUUUUUAAAAAGUUGGGGAAGAGGAGCUACUCCUGAGUAAUUCUGGCUAGGAUGGGGAAGCAUGUUAAAGUCACAAUAUUUGAUAUAGUUAAAUAUUAAACCUAUUUCUUUAAUCAAAGAAUAUAUAAUUUUGUUAAAAUGGCAUAUUACUUCUGAAUUAAUCAGAACCAGAGAUCUGCAUAUUCUUGGAGUAAUUCGUCCAUAGCAUGCUUCUUUAACUGAAUACUGCACAUCCGGGUGAAAAUCUAUAACUUCUGGUUGAAGUUGGACUCAAGCUACUAUCCAGUCCAGCAGUACAAUGAGCAGCCCAGUCUACAAACACACUUCACACUGUAAACAUUGGUUUACAAGUCAGAAUUCCUGAAGCUGCACAAAAGUGUGACCACAGUUUUAAGCAUGCAAAUUUUCACUUUGAAAUAAAUGGUCAGAUCAUAUAAUAGAAUCCUACUUGCUCUGUGUAGAUCCUCCAGACCUUUUCCCAUUUUAUGUUCUUACUGUAGGCAUGCUUUUAUUUAUGUCUCUGCUGGAUAUUCUUAUUAUUUGUCCCUCAGAAUUCCACCUAUGAAGAUAAUUGACAUCCCCCAAGAUUUUGUAGGAUUGUUUUGCCAUCAUAGUUACACCUAUGAAGAUUCAUUAAAUCUAGGUACACUGAAAUGUGCAACUGGAAGAAACUUAACUUUGAAUGUCCUGAUUUACCCUUGUUCCAAAUAAAUAUCACAGCCUAAAUUGGCCCUCCCCAGCCUUCUUCAAUGAACAUUAUGGGAGAUGUAGUCAUUAGAGCACUAGGUUGGGGAAGACUGAUCCCAAUGGUUACUUUUCAGGCAACAAUUUCCCACUACUACUUACCAGUAACUUCUUUUGAAUCAAUUUAUAUGUCAUGUUCUCUUCAUAUUGCUAUUAGAUUCUGUGUAGGAUUUUUACCAGGAUGUAUUCACAUGGUGUAUAUAUAUUGUUAAACUGUGCCAUUUUUUAAUGUCUUAAGAAAUCUGACAAUAUUUCUAUAUAAUACAAAAGAGAGAGUGAGAAAGAGAGAUAUUCUUGAAAAUAAAAGCCAACAGAG